AGAAGAGUCCAAGUCUAACUCCUAACACGACCAACUCCCUGUUUUUGCCACCGUUUUCUAAUCAAUCCGCCACCAACCCCACACGCAUAUGAAACCCAAACCAAAAUUUUCUUUCUUCACCUAAACCUCCGCACCAGAAACAAUAUAAACGCUAAGCAAAAACAAUAUAAAUUCAUCUAAACCUGCAACUACCCAUUAAGGACAAGGGGACUCUCAUCAGGUCCAUAAACAAUUUCUUCGUUAAUGGCGGUGGUAACGCCGACGAAAUCUACGUCUCUGGUGCCUUAUUCUUCCCGUUUAUCCAACUCUCAACUAAAUUUGGUCAGUUUUAGAAAAACCCAUUUGAGAUUUCGCUCUCAGUUGCACACAAGAGCCAUCAUCACAUGGGAGAAAUCCCAACAUGGUAAGGAGAAGACAAGGAGAGCGGAUCAGUGGCUGAGAAAUGGAGAGGACAAGAAGGCGACAGGAGGAGGGCUUACGAGGUGCAGGGCGGAGGGAGUUGAGAGAGGAUUCUUGGUGGGAGGAGGGUGCGAAGGUUGGCUUCUUGGCGUGCCGGAGAGGUUGAAGGUGGUCGUUCUUGUGGCGUUCGUUAUGUGUCUCUGUAAUGCAGACCGAGUUGUGAUGUCUGUUUCUAUCGUUCCUCUCGCGGUCAGACAUGGUUGGAGCACCUCCUUCCUGGGUAUCGUUCAGUCAUCAUUUCUAUGGGGAUAUGUCUUCUCAUCAGUCAUUGGAGGAGCAUUGGUGGACAGAUACGGGGGAAAGAGGGUAAUGGCAUGGGGUGUGGCUGUGUGGUCAAUGGCCACACUUCUUACACCAUGGGCUGCUGAUCACUCCAUUGGCAUGCUAUUAGCUACUCGUGCAAUCUUUGGGCUGGCUGAAGGUGUAGCUCUGCCUUCCAUGAAUACUCUAUUGUCCAGGUGGUUUCCAAACAAUGAACGUGCAACUGCAGUUGGAAUCUCUAUGGCUGGGUUUCAUCUUGGAAAUGUUGUGAGUUUGCUACUAACUCCUAUAUUGAUGUCAAUGACCGGAGUUUCUGGUCCCUUCACUCUCUUCUCAUCUCUUGGAUUACUCUGGCUCACAAUAUGGGCAUAUGGGGUUACCAAUGAUCCACGAGAAAGUAAUGAUAUCAGUAAAACAGAGUUAAGGUUGAUUCAAUCCGGAAAAUCUGAACCCCUGGAGAACAAGAAGCAGCUUCCACCUCUGCGUCAACUACUAUCUAAACUACCCGCGUGGGCAAUUAUUUUUGCUAAUGUUACUAAUAAUUGGGGAUACUUUGUACUUCUCUCAUGGAUGCCUGUGUAUUUCAAGACUGUAUUCAAUGUGAACUUGAAGCAAGCUGCCUGGUUUAGUGCCAUCCCAUGGGGAAUGAUGGCACUUUCUGGUUACAUCGCUGGGGCAAUAUCAGAUUCUUUGAUCAAGGCUGGCUACUCUAUUACACUAGUUCGGAAGAUUAUGCAGUCUAUUGGUUUUAUUGGGCCUGGGGUAUUAUUGCUCUGCUUGAAUUUUGCAAAGACAGCUGAUGUUGCAGCCAUAUUCAUGACUGUCGCUCUGAGCUUGAGUUCUUUCAGCCAAGCAGGCUUUCUGUUAAACAUGCAAGAUAUAGCUCCUCAAUAUGCAGGAUUUCUCCAUGGGAUUACAAACUCGGUUGGAACAGUAGCUGCAAUAAUUAGCACUAUUGGAACUGGUUAUUUUGUGCAAUGGUUGGGAUCUUUCCAGGCCUUCCUAACCGUCACAGCAGCGCUCUACUUCGUUACAACCAUAUUCUGGAAUCUUUAUGCUACAGGAGAGCGAAUCUUCUAGUCUAAGAUAAUACAGAUGCCCAAAACAAUCACCAUUGAUGGAUCUCAACUAGUCUGGAGUGUGGACACGUUGAUUGGACAAUUUUUUCCAUUCAUUUGGACAGACAAAUUGAUUGAAGAUAGAGGAAGAGUUGCAAGUUGUAGCAUGACCCCAUUCCCAUUGAGUGAGCAACCUCUGCAUGGUAGCAACUAGCAAGCAACAAAUUAUUCUCUCCAAGGAAUUCAUUUCUUUAAAUUCAAAAAAAAAGAAGAAAAAUAUAUGUAUCAAUUCAUUGCUUUUGUAUCAUUAGUGAUUCAACUUCAGAACCCUAGUGGUUUAAAAGAAAAGCAGAAAAGCAUUGAAUAUUAUAUAUAGCAUUCAAAGCAUUGAAAUUUUCAAGAA